CAGUGUUGUUGUUUUUUUAAAAAAAAAUUUUACUUCACGACUUAAGCGUUUAAAAAUAGCAUCUCCCACGUGCACGCGCGUCUAUACAGUACUCAGGUUCUUACGUCAUUCCGGCGCCGGAAGUAAAAUUCCCCAAAGUAGUUAUUCACAGUUCACUUUUUAAGGAGCGAUGGCGGGCUGUGGCAGCGAGGAGAAAGCUUACCGCCGCUUCCUGGAGCUUUUCCUGCGGGAGAUGCGACCGCCGCUGCGCGAGGACUCACCUGUGCCCGCGCGCCCUUUGUCGGACUCGGUGGUGGAGGACGAGGUGGAAGGGGAAUGUCUCGACCUGUGUCUGCAGCACCUGUGCAAAUAUAACUGCCCGUUCCCGCUGGCGGCAGGUUUGGCCCGUGGUACGGCUGACAGCGUUCUACAGAGCGAUCUCUCCAGCUGUCACCUCACCAAGACCACCGAGGACGGCACAGAGACCGAAACCAUUCCUCAGAUCGAGGCGGUGAAAUUGGCUCGUCUGGUCUUUAAUAAGCUGUGUGAGACGUGCUGCAUGUGGCUGAAGGUUUUCCCGCCGCGACGCCGCUCUCAGGCCUACUACGAGACCUCCAUCCACGCCAUCAAAAACAUGCGGCGCAAGAUGGAAGACCGGCACGUCAUCAUCCCCGACUUUAACACGCUCUUCAACCUGCAGGAUCAGGAGGAGCAGGCGUACUUCGCCGUGUUCGAUGGUCACGGUGGCAUCGACGCUGCAACCUACGCCGCAAAUCACCUCCAUGUCAACCUGGUGAAGCAGGAGAUGUUCAGCCAGGACCCCGCAGAAGCUCUGUGCCGAGCCUUCAAACGCACCGACGAGCGCUUCGUACAGAAAGCGUCACGAGAGAACCUGCGCUGUGGCACCACUGGGGUCGUGACCUUCCUGCGAGGCCGAACUCUGUAUGUUGCCUGGCUUGGAGACUCACAGGUCAUGCUGGUGAAAAAAGGACAAGCAGUGGAGCUGAUGAAGCCCCACAAACCAGACCGAGAGGAUGAGAAGCGGAGGAUCGAGGCGCUGGGUGGGUGUGUGAUUUGGUUCGGGACGUGGCGAGUGAACGGCAGCUUGUCUGUGUCGAGAGCCAUCGGAGACUCGGAGCACAAGCCGUACAUCUGCGGCGACGCUGAUCACGCGUUGUUUCCUCUGGAUGGCACUGAGGAUUACCUGAUCCUGGCGUGUGAUGGUUUUUACGACACAGUGUGCCCAGAGGAGGCGGUGCGCGUCGUCUCCGAUCACCUGCAAGAGAAUAACGGCGACACGGCCAUGGUGGCGCACAAACUGGUGGCCUCGGCGCGCGACGCCGGCUCCAGCGACAACAUCACUGUCAUCGUGGUGUUCCUCAGGGACCCGCGAGCUCCACCCCCAUCCGACGAGCAGCAGGAAGAAGAAGAGGUGGAACCUGAUGAGGAAGUGGAAGAAGAAGAAGAAGAGGAGGAGGAGGCGAUGCAGGGCGAGUUGGUGUGUCAGGAUGGCGGAGGGGAGAACGGAGGAAAAGCGCGCAGCGGCUGGCCUCUACAGCAGUGCUCAGCUCCCGCUGACCUGGCCUACGAAGAGCGCACCGACUCCUUCACGGACAGGACGAGCCUGAGCACCACGGGGCCCGAUCUCACGCUCACGGCUGGCGGCUGCUUCUGUCCCACUCCCAGUACGUCAGACCUGGGCCUAAGGGGGGGAGGAGGAGGAGGAGGGCGUCGGCUGUGUCCCAAACCUCAGGUCCCAUCCUGCAGUGGACGCUGGGUGGAAGCGGCAGCUCUGUUCCCUCAGCAGGGACGAAGAAAGAGGAGGAUGGACGAAGAGCUGGAGCGCAGGAUGGAGGAAAAGUGGCGCAUCCGAAAGAGGGCCGAGUGCCGCGGUAUCCUGAGCUCCAGGCCUCGAGUACCUGAGCCACUGCGCCACACCGAGACCCGGCCCGGAGUCGCCCUUCCACGCUUAACACGCGAAUACGCCAUCUAAACCCCUUCCCUCACAUAACCCCUUUAUCACUCUCUCUCACACACACACACACACACCACAUUCACAUUAAUGCCUAAUACACACAUUUUACACACACGCUACACCUUUCCCCUGACCUGGAGUUAGCCCGUACGUCAGACUGAGCCAAGACAUAGAUCUUUCUCUCUCACACACACUCACACACACACACACACACCCCCUGACCUGAGGGAGAAAUU